AUGAAUACUUUUAUAAAUAUUAAAUAUAGAACACUUAUUUAUUCUUAUGGUUAUAGCAAUGGAACUAACCUGAUAAUUAGGCAAAGAUUUUACUUUUCGUUAUUUAAUGUCAGUAUUUACUCAGUACAAUUAUUAUUGCCUCCGUUUUUAGUUUUAGUGAACUGUUCUAAGUUCAGUCGUUACGUCAGGUGACCGCUUGUCCCACUGGUAA